UGCUUUAGCAGACUCGACAAACCACAGAGCACAUAUCAAACCUCCGCCAGAACCAGCCUCCACCCCCCCCCAGCUCUCAUACUUGUAAAUUGAGAAAAGAAGAGUUUCACAAUCUCAAAGGAAGAUUGAAAAAAAAAUGUAAUCGUCCAAUUAGUUGAGAGGUUUUUACCGAGCGGUGAUAAAAAUGUUGCAGUGUUUUCCUGCUACUACUUCCUUUACUGCUGAACAGAGAGACAGACGCAGAAAACAGCGACAUCAGAGUAGCGCAUAAAAGUUAUAUAUAUAUAUAUAUUGAGUUAAUGCUCUAGAGACUUUCUCAGUUGAAAGCCUUAAAAUGUCUUCCAACAUUUAUGAAGACCCAGAUUUGACCAUGAAUGUGAAAUACAGCAAAAGUGCCAGAGAGGACAGAGGAGAGAGAGUUGAGAGACAGGUCGACAUCUACUACAGCGAGGACAGAGAUCUUCACGUUUCCAAACAAGUUAGAGGAGCACGCACUCGAAAGCAUCUUCCAGCUGUCCAAAGAAACCCUUUUAAAGCUGCUGCACUGGUUCUGGGUCUACUCUGUCUCCUGCUGGUAGUUGGAGUCAUUGUGUUGUCCAUACUCAAUAUUUCAAUCACUCGGGAAAAGAACAAGCUCAGCAUCCAACUUCAGCAGACCCAAGGGGACAACCUGAGCAAAGGUGGCUGCCAGUGUCAGACAGAAAACCAGACACAGGGGAACAUCACAGAAUGGGAGAAAUUUAAAUCGAGUUGUUACUACCAAUCUACUGAGAUGAAGAACUGGACAGAGAGCAGGAAAGACUGUCAGAGCAGAGGAGCAGAUCUGGUGGUUAUAAACAGCAAAACCGAACACGAUUUUGUCAAGAAGUUGAUUAAAGCUGAAGCUUUCUGGAUCGGUCUGAAGGCAGAGACAAACAAAAAAUGGACAAGCGAAUGGGAAGUUGAAUGGAAAUGGGUGGACGGAUCAUCAACAGAAACAUAUUCUGCCUGGAAGAUGGGCGAGAAUACAAAACCUGAGUAUGACACCAACUCCACAGCAUAUAUUGAUCUGGACGGGACCUGGCGCCAAACCAACGGUGGAUCCAAACGAUGGAUCUGUGAGAAAGUGAUCUAUCGAGACUAACAUGUACGCCGUGUAACUGUGAUGUAAUUGUGUUCAUUGCAUUGUCAUUUCUCCCUCACUUUUCCAAUAGUUCCCUCGCUUCAAAAACAACAUAAUAAAGGCAAACGUGAGAA